AUGUCCCCAAAGCCGGAGCAGGGCAUGAGGGAAGGCGGGCGGCGUUCGCGGGCGCACAGCGCCCCCUGCCGGCCGCCCGGCGCCGCCUGUGAGGGAACGGGGAAAGGGAACCGGGAACCGGGCACGGGAGCGGGAACGGGGAAAAGGGGUAGCCCCGGUAACUGGGUGGAAAGUGAGCGCUGGAGGGAACUGGAGCCAGCGGGAAACAAGAUCGGGAGGCAAACAGGAGCUCGGGAUGGAGCGGGAAAUGGAGGCUUGAGGAACCGGGAAUGGGGAGCAAAGGGAGCUGAGGAGGGACCGAGGGAUGGGAGACGGGGCCUUAAAAAUGGAUGCUCCAAAGAAGUUCAGACAGCAGGAGAAUUCAGAUGUGAGCUGUGUGAGUUAUCAAACUUGUACACAAAUUAUGGGCAGAUGUCACCAAACUCACACUCAAUUAUGCUUUUGGAAGAAGCCUAUGACAUGAAGGAUCCUUUAACCCCUGGCAAGGACAAGUUCCUCAUCAUUAGGUCUCACUGCAGUUUGUGCAGCAGAGCAGUGUGUGUUGGAGCAAACUGUAGUCUGUUCUACUCCAAACGUUUCUGCCUCCCCUGUGUGAAGGAAAACCUGAAGGCCUUUCCUUUGGAAAUACAAGACAUGGAUAAAAGGAAACCCCAGCAGAAAUCCUGCAAAUAAACGGAUACGAAGCAUAAAUCUUGA